AUGAGUGACUACGAGCAGCAGGAAACUCAUGUUCUAGUGACUGGAGCCAACAGCGGCCUGGGCUUCUCAAUAUGCUGUCGACUCGCCGAUGAAUUUCUCUCCACGCACCCCGAACCGCAAUCGCUCAAUGUUAUUUUCACGACCCGCAGCUCGCGCAAAGCCCAAGAUACCCAACGCCGUUUAGAGAAGCAUCUCCAAUCCUCCUCCGUCCUCUCGGCUGCCUCGCGAGUCAAAUUCAUCCCCGAGAGCGUCGAUCUAGGAGACCUCCUCUCCGUACGCGCACUCUCUCGCCACUUACUGCAGAAGUAUCCCAAACUCGAUGCCAUUAUUCUCAAUGCCGGACUCGGAGGAUGGUCGGGGAUUGACUGGCCAGCUGCUGUCUGGGGCGUAUGCACCGAUCUCGUGCAGCAGGUGACAUGGCCAACGUACAAAGUCGCACCCGUAGGUGUCUUGACAAACAGACAGACCAGGUUAGAGGAAGAGCCACCGCUGGGGUCUGUGUUUUGCGCCAAUGUCUUCGGUCACUAUAUGCUGGCGCACAAUGUUGUGCCUUUGUUGAAGCGCGCGCGUACUAAUGGACCCGGACGAGUGAUCUGGGUCUCAAGUAUCGAGGCUACAGUCAAAUACUUCGAUGUUAAUGAUAUUCAGGGCCUUCGGACUAAAAUGCCCUAUGAGUCUUCCAAGGCUCUGACCGAUAUUUUGGCCUUGACGUCGGAUCUGCCCAGCGCGGCUCCGUGGGCCGUUGAUAGUUUUAUGCGCGAAGAUUCCGAGGAUUACGCUGCUUCUUCUGAUCCGCCUACUAUGUUUCUGUCACACCCCGGUAUCUGUGCUACGACUAUCAUACCACUUGCUCUUCCCCUUAUCUGGGCUAUGGUGCUUGCGUUUUGGGCUGCGCGCAUGCUGGGAUCCCCGUGGCAUACUAUGUCUACAUAUCUCGGGGCUUCCUCUCCUGUAUUCUUGGCACUAGCACCGAAGGCUGCGCUAGACGCUGCUGAAGAGCCGUAUCGCCAGGCAGGCGGGGGCGAGCGAAAUGGGACAGAAGGCUGGGGUUAUGGUGGUGUUGUUGGAACUCCUGUUCUCGAGGCUGAUCGAAACCGACGUCGGAAGCGUGGCGCAGUCGAACUCACCAGUGAAGAUAAGGAGAAGUUCGAGGAGCUUGGCCGCCAGUCCUGGAAGCAGAUGGAGGAGUUGCGGAUUAAGUGGGACGCAAUCCUGGACCGAGAUGAGAAGACUGCGGCUUGA